AUGAAGCUGCUACCGAUCCCGCUGUCGCCGCUGAAUGCGCCGCCACCGCUCGGGCUGUGGAACUCGGAGCUCCUGUGGCGCUACCCGCCAGCGCCGCCCAGUCCGCUGGCCGACCUGAAGACGCAGCUGCCGCCGCAGCUCAACACGGACCCGCGCAUCUGGGGCCGGGACGAGGUGGUUGUGUUUCUGCGCUUCUGCGAGCGCGAGUUCGACCUGCCCAAGUUCGACCUGGACCUGUUCCAGAUGAACGGCAAGGCGCUGUGCGUGCUGACCAAGAACGAUCUCGCCGAGCGCAGCCCGGGCGCGGGCGACGUGCUCCACAACGUGCUGCAGAUGCUGAUCCGCGACGCGCAAACCCUGCACCGGCACCUCCCGAGCAGCCCGGUCACGCCGACCGGCCGCUACCCGCUGUCGCCCCACAGCCACCCGCCGACUCCGAACUGGAGUGCGCUGGCGCCGCCCGACAGCCCGUUCUUCCACAGCUCGCACCUGCAGCAGUUCAUGGCCGCGUCCAACUCCGUCACCCUCAGCCCGGCCCCGUCGAUCGACUCGCAGGCCGGAAGCCCCCCGUCGCAGAGCCACGGUGAGGCGAACGUCUUUCAGAAGUCCUCCUCGUCGUCCGUCUCUUCGACGGCCUCAUCCAGUGGCGGCGGCGGCGGCGGAGGCCCCGGGAGCAGCAAUGGCAACGGAAAUGGUUCGGCAGGGGGAAGUGCUGCCGUGGGGAAUGGGACCGCCAGUGGCAGCAGUCACAUCAGCAGCAGCAGCAGUAGCACUAGCAGCGCCGCCAGCAGCACCGCCAGCAAUCAGUCCGAUUCCGACGAAGAUAACGGCGGCGGAGCCGGUGGUGCCGGAGGAGCGACUGCUACCUCGUCCAGCGCGGCCGGUGGCAGUGGAGGAGGCACCAGCACUGGGACCAGCAAUGGGUUCCACCCGCUGCCACUGACCCACCCGGACAGCAAGCUGCCCCUGCUGGGCACCCACCAACCGCAGCAGAGCCCCCCGCUGACCCCGAUCUCCAAGGAAACGCAGCACCUCGGCCAGUUGCAGCUGCUCGACACGAAGACGCUCCAGUACCCGGUGUCCUCGCUGCUGAACGGAACCUCCACGUCGUCCUCGACCACGUCGCCAUCAUCCGGCGGCGGCAGCGCAUCGGCGUCCGUCCGCGACAACGGCUCCGUGUCGUCACAGAACGCCGCCGCCGCAGCCGUGGCCGCCGCCGUGCUCAGCCUGAAGGGGGCCGCCGGCGCCCUCGGGUCCCCACCGGCCACCGGUGCCUGCUCAUCGCCCAACGGCCUGUCGGGCGGAUCGGGCGCCGGCUUCCUGCCCGUCAAGCGCGAGUUCUUCCCGGACAACCCCGAACCCAACACGAUUUCGUCCGGUUCGCUUUCAGACGGCCGCCUGCUGUGGGACUUCUUGCAGCAGCUGCUGAACGAUCCGAGCCAGCGGUACGGGGGCUACAUUGCGUGGAAGUGCCGCGACACGGGCGUCUUCAAGAUCGUCGACCCGGCCGGCCUGGCCAAGCUGUGGGGCAAGCAGAAGAACCACCUCUCGAUGAACUACGACAAGAUGUCGCGCGCCCUGCGCUACUACUACCGCGUCAACAUACUGCGCAAGGUGCAGGGAGAGCGCCACUGUUACCAAUUCCUCCGCAAUCCGACCGAGCUGAAGAGCAUCAAGAACAUUUCGUUGCUCCGGCAGACGAUGGCCGCGAGUCAGGCGGCGGCAGCAGCCGCCGCCGCAGCAGCGGCCGCCUCCGGUGGCGGCGCUAGUGGCAGUGUCGUCGGCAAUGGCACCGGUGGUAACAGUUCGGCCGCUGCCGCCAGCUCACUCAUGUCGCUGCUACCGAACGGAGCGAACAUUCACCACCUGGCGGUGGCUGCGGCUGCGGCCGCCGCUUCGCAGAACGCCGCUGCCGCUGCCGCCGCAGCCGCAGGGGGACCCCUCUCACCGUCGGCGUCCUCCUCGGCGUCCUCAUCGCCAUCGGCCCUGCACCAGCACCACCACCACCACCAGCAACAGCAGCAGCAGCAGCUUUCGCAUCACCUGCACCAUCGCGCCAACAUCAAGAUGGAAACCGAUCUCGACGAUCUGAAGCCGACUGAUCUCAGCACCAACAACGAUCGGAAGUUUAGCUACGGAAGCUCCGCGGUCAACGGCACCGAUUGCUACCCACUGAUCCGGAAUGCAAACGGUCUGACGACGAUUCAGUUGCUGCGGCAACAGCAACAGUCGGACGCCGGGUCACCGCCGUCCUCGCCGACGCCGCUCUCGAUCAACUCGCAGUCCCUCCACACGAUCAGCAGCAAUCUGCACCAGCUGCACCAGCAGCAGCUCCAGGCGCAGGCGGCAGCGGCGGCGAUUGCGGCCGCAGCCGAUGCGCGCCAGCAGCAGGACGACCAGGACAACCACCACCACCAACACCAUCCGCUUCACCACCAGCACCAGCAUCACCAGCACCGGAAUGGUGGCACCACGAGCAGCCGGAGCAGCAGCACGAGCGGCAGCAGCGAACACGAUCACCACCGGGGAGCGGGCGGUGCCGGUGGUGGAGGCGCCGAUCGCGACCGGGACACGCCGUCGCCGGCCAACAGUGAUGCCUCGCAUCCUUCGUCGUCGGUGGCGGUGGCGUCCUCGGCACCACAGCACCAUCACCACAUGCACAUCAAAAGCGACGACGACAGCAUGAUGCCGACGGAUCUGAGCAAACCCGAGCCAAUGUACUACAAGUGAAGCCCCGUCGGAGUGAACGGCUUUUGCCACACACACACGCGCGGACGGCACACUCCGCGAGUCCGUGAGAUUAAUUACGUGUUCUGCUUCGGGCUGCUGCACUAACGGGAAGCGAAAAACGACGAUCCCCAGCCGGGUUGAGCCGGGAACCCCCCACACACAAUGCAGCUACAAAGUGCAAACGCGGUGCACUGCAAUGAUAAGAGUUUGGAAAGCAGUCAAAUGCAAGCGAGAAAGAGAGAGAGAGAGAAAAACUAUGUGCCAAUCGGAUUUGUUUUACCAACCCGUUUUUUAUCGCUUUCAGAGUUUAUUCGGAGAAAGGGAAGGGAGAGAAGAAUAUGAAAAAACAUAAGAAAGAAGCUAAAAAAUGGUGAAAAAGAGAAAACACACAAAAGAGAGGGAUGACGGUGGCUAUAUGUGAGGCAGAAAGGGGACUGAAGCUGUAAAGUAGUAUAAAAAACACAAAAACUUCUCUCAAAAACAUGCAAACAAAAAACACACAAAAGGGAUAUUUGAGAUACGCAAACGGCAAUGCUGUGCGGGGAGCGACGCAACGCCCCCCGGCCAACGGGGCCGGCAGCCGCGCAGGGAUGUAGAUUGGUAGUGUUAUUUUCUUCUUCUUUUCUAAUAUUAACGGCACGUGGCCCCACGAUCCGCGACCCACCCGCGCGACAUACACACUUUCACGAUCACCCGUCACGCCACGCAUCUUUAUUGGAUCCAUUGUACAGCUCUAGUGUUUAGUUGUAGGAAAUUGGACUUUGCUUUUUCCUGCAAAUCAUUUUUGUUAGUUAAAUUGUUAACCCGGCCCUCCCGCUCGGGAUGCGUGUUGGUGUGUAUGCUGCGGCUGUUGUGUGGCUGGCGUAUGAUCGAUCACCGUAGUUCCCGUCCCGGUACGCUUCGAACGCGCGACGUGUUGGCAGACGGUUUGGCGUCACGGCGUGCGGCGUGUAGAAAGUAUAAAUUCUAAGAACAGUACAACUAAAAUGACCAAGAGAAUGACCGCGAAGGGAGACGAUGUGCGAGGCACACGGCGCCAUCCUGGUGAACGUAGGCGUAUUCCUCUACGGGAUACUACGCUCUAGGGACGACGACGAGAUAACGGGGGAACCAACCAAUCAAUCACUCGAUCGCACGAUCACUGUUGUUACUCACUAGCGAACGGUAAAUAGACAAACAAGGGCACCGUUUGGCGCGGAAGUGAACGAGAUUUGUUUUCCACCAUUUUCCGGGACUACUUUUUUAUAUUUUCGUUUGGUUUUUCAUCAUUCGUUUUUGGUCUUAGGUUUGUAGUGUAUACUAAGUUGUAUGUGUUGCUCUAAUAGUGAUAAGCGCGUAGAGAGAGGGUAGUGCGAGUUUACGUGUAGUCUGUACCUUCGAAAACGAGAAAAAAACCACUCCAAUUGGCUUCCAUUAGGCAGAGGAUAUGUGAAAUCCGUAGAAAGUAUGGGGAACAGGGAUACGAUGCCACACCCCAGCAGCGCACACGCGAUCGACGAACGACGCAUGGUCGCGCGGGGCGCGUGUGGUGACGAUUACAAAUUAUGUUUGAUUAAGCUUAAGGCGCCGUAAAUUUUAUUGUGAUUAAGAGAGUGACAGAGAGAGAGACAAGCCAAGGGACUCCUAGCUGCGACGCGGCACGAAAGUGGGAAGCGUUGCCACUACCAGCAAUGAAUAUCAUGUGGUGUGCCCAGGAGGGGACGAUCGCCCAUUCAGCGUGAGAGAAACAAAUGAGUAAUGUGAACGCAAAAAUGAUCGUUGAUAAGCCUGAGACCCUCCUCCUGAGACUCCGCAUGCGUUCGGAAUUCAUGUUUUCGGCAUUAGGUUAGUGUUUUUUUAGUAGCAGAAUUGUGUGUUUGGCUUUCUGUCUUUUAUAAGGGGCGCAGCCUUCUAAGGGUCAUUUCAAGAGUCGAGAUCUUCCUUAUUAUGUUUUGUCUUUUAAUUCUCCAUAUUGUAUAUUGACUCCACACACAGACACACACCCCUAGGAUACGCGGAACUAUAACACACAGUAGUUUUCGGCCAAGUUUUCCCCUCACUUUUUUGUUGUAAAUAUAGUAAACGCUUUAGUUAAUUGGAUAUACUACAUCCUGGUUUGUGUGUGUUUUGUUUUGAUUGGCUGAAGGUGCCCUAGUGUCCCAACAAGAUCGCCCGGCGUCGGACGAGGCGAACUCAUCAUCCGAAAUCAGAGAAAUGCUACAAAGGAAGGAAGUAUAUUGUGUAUCGUUAUAUCGUUUGUGCUAUAAACUGUAAGGCAUGCAUGCCAAACCGAGGCCCAGAAUCAAACACAACAAA